AUGUUGGAGACGGGCACCUGCCGUGCGAGGAACGCAUCGAAUCUUUUGAUGAAAAAUUUGCUGAACGUUUGCGUGGGAACCUUAGGCUGGUGGCUCUGUGGUUGGGCUUUCGCCUACGGUGACUUGGCAUACGACCUCUUGGGAACCACUGGCUUUGCUGGCUCCAACCUUCUGUCCAUACAAGAUGGACGCAUCAUACCUGUGGAAAGCUGCUCCGAUGAGGCGUGCCAAAGCAAGUUGGUGCAGUGGUUUUUCCAGUGGGUGUUUUGCACCACUGCUGUCACCAUCGUAAGUGGCGGUGUUGCGGAAAGAGUUCGCAGUGCGACUUAUGCUGGUUACGCAUUCUUCAUGUCCACUAUAAUAUACCCCGGAGUUGUUGCGUGGACCUGGGGUGGUGGUUGGCUCUCCGCGACCCUGCAUGUGGGUUUUACCGACUUUGCGGGGAGUUGCAUUGUCCACGUGGUCGGUGGCAUUGGUGCGCUCUCAGGCGCAAUUGUUUUGGGAGCAAGGCGUGGCCGCUUCGAAGAUCCGGCGGCCUUUGAACCACACAGUCUUCCGCUCGUCGUCCUCGGGACCCUAAUGCUGUGGUUCGGAUGGUACGGCUUCAAUUGUGGUUCUACACUUGCUCUCCAUGAUGAUGUUACAGCAGCAGCGGCUGCGCAAGUUGCGGUCAACACAACCCUUGCACCAGCUGCUGGAGGAAUUACCGUCUUUCUUUUCCGUUUCUUGCUAUCCAGAAAGUAUGAUGUAUGCGGACUUUGCAAUGGAAUUCUUGCUGGUCUCGUGUCGAUAACGGCAGGAUGUGCAAACAUGGAAUGUGGCAGUGCGCUUGCUGUCGGCAGUCUUGGUGGCCUGACUUAUCAAUGUUUUUCGAUGAGCCUGCAGCGUUUGCAGAUUGACGACCCGGUCGAUGCCAGUGCUGUUCAUGGGGCCUGUGGUGUUUGGGGGGCAAUGGCAGCUGUGAUCUUCGACUGGGGACAAGGCUUUAGCUAUUAUCAUGGCCCUUCAGGGUUCAACUGCAUUGGUGAAGGAGGCGCCUGUGAGACAGGCCUUGUUGCAAAGGCUCUGGCAGCACAGUUGAUCUUUGUGACUGCAGUUCUCAGCUGGGUACUAUCCUUGUCCACGAUCGUUCUUCUCAUGCUGGCCCUUAGCGGCUAUCUGAGGAUUGAGCAGAGCACUGAGGAAAUAGGUAUUGAUGCAGUGGAGCAUGCACAGACAAAGGCUUACGACAUUGGUGAUGAGAAUGAAGAUGACAUUGAGCAGCGGCCAGCAUACGAGCCGCUUCGCAGCUAUGCGGAGACCGAUGCAGAGUUGGCCCGCUCAGAGAUGCUUUCUCUACAGCUUGAGAUCAACAAGCGAUUGAGCGCACUGGAGGAGCACCAAGAAAGACAUUUGCAAAAUCAGGGGCUGGAGGGCCGCCUAUUUCAGCAAGUACAGGAUCUACAGCAUGUUGAUGACACCUUGGCCAGAGCUGCAGACAACCUCUGGCUAAUCCUGUGUGGCACAAUCUUGAUGUUUAUGCAUGUAGGUUUUGCCAUGGUGGAGGGUGGGACGUGUCGCGCCCGAAAUGCCUCGGAUGCUCUCAUCAAGAACAUUCUCAGUCUGUGCGUUGGUACAUUGGGCUGGUGGUCCUUUGGCUGGGGAUUCGCCAAGGGCACGUUGGUUCAGGGGUUCGUAGGAACCAGUGGCUUCUUCGGCUCCGAGCUACUUGCAGGCUCGGGACCCUCUCAAAUAACUGCGACAGUGGCUUGUGAUGAUAUUUGUCCAACCAAUCUUUCGCUUUGGUUCUUUAACUGGGCAUUCUGCACCACUGCGACCACCAUUGUCAGCGGUGCAGUGCUGGAAAGAGCGAGGAGUUCAGCAUACGCCAUCUACACCUUCCUCAUGUCAGGCUUUAUGUACCCGCUGGUUGUAGCUUGGACUUGGAGUGGAGGCUGGCUCGACAAUCUUUUCGAUGUCGGCUACACGGACUUCGCAGGCAGCUGCGUAGUGCAUGUUGCAGGUGGGAUUGGAGCUCUGGUUGGCAGUGCCCUGCUUGGGCCUCGUUUGCAUCGCUUCGACUUGUCCCAGGCUGAAGCUUACGAGCCGCACAACUUGCCGAUGGUUGUUCUGGGAACUCUGUUUCUUUGGGUUGGCUGGUAUGCAUUCAAUGCCGGAUCCACCCUGUCCAUGCAUAGCAAAGAGACUGCGGCUCUGGCCGCGCAAAUUGCGGUUAACACAGCAUUAUCGGGAUCUUCAGGUGGCACGACCGUCUUCUUGAUCAGAGUUGCCACGACCAAGAAGUAUGAUGUUGCAGGUAUGUGCAAUGGCAUUUUGGCUGGUGUUGUGUCCAUUACGGCCGGUUGUGCAAACAUGGAUGCUGGAAGCGCCUUGAUUGUUGCUGCAGUUGGCGGAUUGGUUUACACAGGGUUUUCAUCUUUGUUGAAGAGAUUGCAUAUAGAUGACCCGGUGGAUGCAAGCUCCGUCCAUCUUGCUUGUGGGAUUUGGGGCACCCUUGCAGCAAUGCUUUUUGACUGGGGGGAAGGGUUUCGCUAUUAUCACGGACAGAAUGGAUGGACGUGCCUUUCAAGCUUGCAUUCCAGACCAAGCGGUCUGCCACCGGCUUGCUCAACAGGCAUCGUCGCGACAGCACUUGCUGUGCAACUGGUCCUCAUUCUGUGUGUUAUAGGCUGGGUUGGCCUGUCGUCCCUGGCGAUUCUCAAGUCUCUGUCAGUGUUUGCAGGACUUCGGGUUAAAGAAGGUGCCGAGCAGGGAGGAUUAGACGCCGCGCAGUAUGCUCAAACAAAUGCAUACUCUCUUGAGGAACGAGAGAGCCCAAAUUUCUGGCGGAGAAUCUCUUGGUGA